UUGAAAAACUUGUUCGAAUUAUAUCAAUCAACAGGAAAUCUUAGAAGAAAAAGUUCUUAGACUAGAACUAGAACUUCUUGCCACAAAGGAAAGAGAAACAAAUCAGUUGGCCACAAAGAACGUCAUGUACAGAACGUGCAGCGAAGCUCGUGCAGCCGAUCCGUCCCUGACGAUGGGAAUGCAUUGGAUCGAUCCUGACGGUCAGGGAGUUGGGGACGACCCCAUUUUCGUUUACUGCGACAUGGCCACAGGAAAAACAGCCGUCCUACACGACAGUGAAGAUGCGAUAGACGUAGGAUAUUGCACUGAUCCAGGAUGUUAUUCCAGAGAAAUUGUCUACACCGCAACUAUGAGGCAAAUGACAACGCUAGCUGAACUCUCAAAAGAAUGCCACCAGUCAAUCAAAUACGAAUGUUAUGACGCCCCACUUGAAAGGAUGGAGUCAUUUACAGUUGGUGGAAUGACAGAGAUGGAAAUCCACAAUAUUUCUGGGCCGGAAACGACUCAAGCGUUCACACCUGUCAGUGCGGAAUCGAUAGAAAAUGCGUCAAUUCUAAUGUUAAAUGCAAUUGUGAUGCAGCUGCUCCAUAUUUCUUAAAUGAC